UUUUAUUUUCCAUUUUCAAGUGGUUCUAUAAUACCCUAAAGAUCAAUAUAUUUUAAGAGUAGGGAAUUUCGUAAUGUCUGAUUCAAAAUCCAAAAUAAGUGUGCAUUUCAAAUUCCAAUUGUUGAAACUUAAUCUCUAUCUCUACUAGUAACAGUAGGCUCUCGUGUCCAGCUAGUGGGCCCCUGUCUCAAGCAAACGCUCCUUUCUUGAAGCCUUUUUGAUACUGCUGAUCAUGAAUCGUACUGUGUGAGUAUUUCGUUUGACCUUUUAUAUUUGGUUUCUGAACGCAUGCUCUUUUGUGAUUACCAUUUCAAUUCAUGCCCUCUAGAAGACACCUCUGUGCUCGGAUAAGAAGCUCUGAGACGCUGAGAGCAGGUGACUGCUUAUUCUCUGUUCUGAAAAUUGAGUGGAAAUGAGAUCAGGUUUCACCUACGAUGGUUCCACCUGGCAAUGACCGUACGGAGCCGGAUCCUCUAACAUUACAGAGCGAAGUCAGGGCUAGACAUCCCUUCAGGAAACGGACACACAACACCUCUCCCUUCUCAUGCACGUGACCUGCUCUUUCUCUUUCUUCUCUUUUGGAGGGAAAAGUCACCCAGCUUGGCGCCAAAACCACACCCGUGAGUUGCUUCCCUCCACUUCUUCUCCACUUUCCCCUCCACUGUUUGUACUGCACCUCACUUUUUCUCUUUUCCUCUUCUCUUUUGGAGCAUCUGCCACUCCCAGCACAGCAAUACUGCUUUUCUCCUCUUCUCUUUUGGAGCAUCAGCACAUCCAAAAUGCUCUUUUCCUCUUCUCUUUUGGAGUAUCAGCACAACAAGCACCUGGCCUGAUCAAAUACAACAUCAAAAUCAGAAUUUAGAGGCUGAUCAAUGGAGAAUCAAGAUCCAAACAAGGCAAAUGUCACACCUAGCUGGAAACCUCAACUUGGCAUGAAAUUCGAUAAUUUGGAUGAGGCAUGGGACUUUUGGAGGUACUAUGGAGGAAGAAUGGGGUUCAGUACUUCAGUGUUAGAAAGAGGUUUACAACUCGGAGUAAAUUUGAUGGUGUAGUGACUUCAUGCAGAUAUGUAUGUUUCAAAGAGGGGAAGAAGUCUGCAGAUAAAAGAGAUAACCUAACUAAGACAGGCCGAGCUGAAAUUAGAACUGAUUGUGAGGUCCGUAUGUCUCUUACAAUAGACCGUGAAGUCGGAAAUUAUGAAAUAUAUGAUCUUUGUCUUGAACAUAAUCACAUGCUUCAGCUGCCAGAAGCAUGCCACUUGUUGCCAUCACAAAGAAGGAUCUCUAAAGUGCAAGCUUUUGAAAUUGAAAUAGCUGAUGACUCUGGUAUUGCACCAAAAAAUGCUCAUGAAUUUGCUAGUCGACGUGUUGGUGGUUCAGCUGGUUUAACUUACACACGCGUAGAUCACAAGAACCACCUGCGAACAAAGCGCCAAAGAGAAUUGAAGUAUGGUGAGGCUGGACGUAUGUUGAAGUAUUUUCAAGACAAAGCCAUUGAGAAUCCUUCCUUUCAAUUUGUUAUACAGUUGGACAGUGAGGAACAAAUAACAAAUAUAUUCUGGGCUGAUGCCAAAAUGAUCAUAGGUUAUGCUCAUUUUGGUGAUGUUAUGACCUUUGACACUACUUUUGGGACAAAUAAAGAGUACAGGCCAUUUGGUGUGUUUGUUGGAUUCAAUCAAUUCAGAGAAACAGUAGUAUUUGGUGCUUCACUUCUCUAUGACGAGACAUUCGAAUCUUUCAAAUGGCUAUUUCAUGCCUUCUUGUCGGUACAUAACCAGAAGCAGCCACGCACCAUAUUUACUGACCAAGAUAGUGCUAUGGGGAAGGCAAUUGGGCAUGUUUUUUCAGAAUCAAUACAUGGGCUGUGCACUUUGCACAUUAUGCAAAAUGCUAUCAAGCACCUACCCAGCAAAGAGAAUAGUGAAGACAACGAAGACGAUGUGGAUGAGGGAGAUAAUGAGGAAAAUGAAUCAUCUCUUCUCAAAGAUUUCAGUGCUUGUAUGUUUGAAUACGAAGACCGAGAAACAUUUGAAGAUGCUUUUAAUGUUAUGAGAAGCAAGGUGAAAAAGCAAACUUGGAUGGAUAGUAUUUAUAAGGUAAAGGAGAAGUGGGCAGAAUGUUUUAUGAGAGAUGCUUUCACUUUGGGAAUGCGAAGCACACAACUGAGUGAAAGUUUGAACAAUGACCUCAAGAAUCAUCUCAAGUCAGAUUUAGAUAUCAACCGCUUUUUUCAUCAUUUUGAAAGAGCCGUGAAAGUGAAAAGAGACACUGAGAUAAAUUCAGAGUACGAGUCUAGGAAGAGUCUACCUAGAAUCAAAAUCCCCACACCAAUGUUGCAACAAGUCAGUAGUCUUUAUACUCCUGCUAUAUUUGAAGCUUUUCAAACAGAAUAUGGGAGGUCAAUGGCAGCAAGUGCUCAUAUACUACCUGGAGACAAUGAAUACAUGGUUAAGAUUGAAAGGCUUAUUGAUGGGCAAUAUGCAACAUUUGAAGAAGAAUAGAAGAAGAAUACAAAGUUGUUGGAGACAAUCACCAACAAACGGCUUCAUGUAGUUGUGGGCAGUUUGAGAGAGUAGGAAUUUUGUGUGCUCAUGCUUUGAAAGUUCUUGAUUUAAUGAAUAUCAAGUUGUUGCCGGCACACUACAUUUUGAAGCGAUGGACAAGAGAAGCACGGUCAGGAUCCAUCAAAGAUUGUUGUGGACGGACUGUAGUUGAAAAUCCAAAGUUGGAUGCCAUCACCCGAUACAAUUUUCUUAUACACAUGUGUUGUGAGUUGGCAACUCUAGCAGCCAACUCUAAAGAAUAUUGUAUUGUCAUCGAGAAUGCACUUAUUAGUGCUACUAAGCAAGUGAAGGAACUAUUGGGUGCACGCACAACUAAUGUUGAAGACAGAUGCCAUGUCCAGGUGGCUCAAUCAUCAAAUGAAUCAUUGAGUGGUACACAAGUGACUCAAACAUCAAAUGAAUUGUUGAGUGCUGCACGUCUGAAGAAAAAAGAGGUUAAGAAGAAAGGCUCUAAAAGAAAAUUAGGUUUCCUUGAGAGGCAACACAAGAGGAGGAGGAAAACACCAUGUGCGACCACAGAGAAAAAAGAAAGAGAAGAUUGUCCCAUUAGCCAGCAGGGAGAAAAGGAGAACAUACCGUCACAGACUAGUUCAGUAAAGAAGGUUGUCUAAAAAAAUCUUCAAAAAAGACCAAACCAAUACCAAAACCGAAGGAAGCAAGCACUGCAAAAUAUGAGUUCAUGAAAAGUUUCACCAAUCUGUUGACAGCUCCUAUUGUUAAUGACAUAGAUGUUGACACAUUCUGAAUGGUGGAGUCCUGGUAGCUAGUAAGGUAGGAAUUAUUUUGGCUGCUACACUUUGUACUCUAUGUUCUGAAUGUCCCAAAUGUUCUGAAUGGUGGAGUACUGGUAGCUAGUAAGGUAGGAAUUAUUUUGGCAAUGUAAGGAUUUACUAAGUUCUCUUAUGUAUCUACC